AUGGCGGGCUGCGAGGCAGGGGUGGUGGCAAGCACAGAUGAGCGCGUCUGCGGUCAAGUUGUGCUGGCAUUUGCGUCCAGUCGCGCCUGGUUCCAGGGCCGGUUCUCGACCGAGCCACAUCGUAGUCUUUUUGCCACGCGCGAGGAGCUCGAAGACUGGGAUGCCGAAGGGUUUCACAAAUGCUGCUACGGUCACAACCCGCUGGAGCUGCCCACUUUUUUUCGCCUUACACUCAUCGAACAACUGCCGGGAACGCAACCUGCCGACUGGGUGAGUCGUGGCGUGGUCGCCAUGACUAACGGCGAUAACGCUAUCCUUCAGGGGCAGGGCUUCGACUUUACCACAGAUGAGUUUCUGGUCGAUGAUGAAGCGCGCGCACUUGUGGCGGCGGCAUUUCCAAACAUGGCCACCCAAACAGAGCCCCUGGUCUGCAUCGGCCACCUAGAGCUUCACAAGAAGCAUUUUGAGCCACCAGCCACCGCCCCACCAGCAAAGCCCGGGGUCGCGGCGGCACUUUGGGACGAAUAG